AUGCGACCAUUCGGCCUUGAACACAACAUGAAUCACCACACCUUCACCUUUAACCUUCGACCAGAAAUCAUACAACAAUUGCAAUCGCCUUUCAUUGAUAUUCAGCUGAAGAGUUUUCACAAGGACGACAAAAAAAUGGCAACUCAGUGGCCCCCAAAACAGGCUCCAAACGGCCAAUCGGUUCCUGGAACGAUUCCCGAAUGUAGCAUUCAGGUGCUUAUCAACGGCCAAAUGCUGCCAAUUCCCGAUCUCAGCCGGUCGCUUUUCAUCAAGCAAGUUGCAGUGCCCGGACCAAAUACAAUCGAAUUCAAUGUGAACCAAUGUGUUUGUGUGAGUCAUUUCUGUUCUGUGAGAUACACUGGCGUUAGUAUACGAACGAUCUUCCAACUGAACGAAAUAGAAAUCGACUAUUUCGUUGGCAAAAUGCUCCGGGAGACCACUGGCGCUCAAUCAGCCGAGAUGAUACUCGAACCUAAUGGUGAUUAUCGACCAAUCGAAGCUGAAUUAAAUGGUCGGAAGCGCUCCAACGACGAGAACGGACCCGUUCAUCCGAUCAAGAGAAUAAAGAGCGAGCCGUUUCCGGUUUCGAAUGCGCCACAGCCGGUGAUGUCACCGUUCCCACCUCCCCCGGGUUCCGCUCCCAUGGGAACCGCUGCGCCGUCGAUGAUGAGCCCGUUUGCCGCCAGUCAAAGCCCAUCUAAAGCAGUUUCUUCGCCAGCUGGCGCUCGUUUUGCCGGCGGUCCAGGCACUCCAUCGACGCCACACGCUGCACAGAACCCUGCUUCUGUAGGAGCGCCCCAAACGGUAACGUCACAGUCGGAGCCGCUACACAGUACCAGUCCGCAUCAGACACAAAUCCAGCAGCACGGUAGCGUCGAGGCGCCAUCGCUUACUGGAUCUGCUCCCUACACCCCAGCAUCGGUGAACUCGGGUGUCGCACUGCCAACAGUAAAUCCAGCAGACCAUCCGUUCAGUAAUAUUCAUAAUAUAUCAGUGGCGAGCCUUGACAUUGAAAUUGACGGCAAAAGCCUAUUUGGCUCGACAAUGAUGACUGCGGAUGAUAUCAAAAAGUACUUGAACGAUAGCGACACCGUUUUCUCAGCAUUUGACGAUCUUACGUGCAUGAAUGAUCCCCCACCUGUUGUGGGUUUCCCACAUUGCUGGGAAGAUAUCCAGUCGAUAAUCGCUGCUGAUGAAAAACGAGGUUGA